UGACAUCAGACGUGGUGGAUGGUGGAAAAUAGACAGGCAGCUAAUGUGAUUCUCCUCCCUGGGUCGCCGUAUAAAAGGCUGCCCACCUCCCCUCCCCGGCUCACUCCCUGCUCUCUCCCGCCGGCUCUAGACAAGUGUGGGGAGCGGAGCAGGAGGAAUAUCAGUGAGGAUAGAAGAACAGGUGGGGGGAUAGGAUGGCAACCCUUGUGGAACCGGCACCGGCCAUGGAGCCAUUAAACAGUAUCCCCAACCCAGCAGCCUCCCCCAGCCUCUCGCACAGGUUCCUGGACAGCAAGUUCUACCUGCUCGUGGUUAUUGGGGAGACAGUGAGCGAGGAGCACGUGAGAUGCGCCCUGAGAAACAUAGAGACAGGAAUCCGAUCAUGGGACACCGAUCUAAUUCAGUGCAACUUGGAUCAAGAGCUUAAGCUUUUCGUGUCACGCCACUCGGCCAGAUUUUCUCCUGAAGUUAGAGGACAAAAAAUCCUUCACCACAGGAGUGAUGUAUUAGAAACAGUCGUUUUAAUCAACCCAUCCGAUGAAGCCGUCAGUACGGAGGUACGACUGAUGAUCUCAGAUGCUGCUCGAAACAAGCUUCUGGUGUUGACUGGACAGUGUUUUGAAAACACAGGCGAACUUAUUCUCCAAUCCGGAUCUUUUUCUUUCCAGAACUUUAUUGAGAUAUUUACAGAUCAGGAGAUUGGCGAGCUGCUCAGUACAACACACCCUGGCAACAAAGCAAGCUUGACUCUCUUUUGUCCUGAAGAAGGAUAUUGGAAGAAUUCUAAUCUAGAAAGACACAACCUUCAAGAUUUCAUCAACAUUAAACUUAAUUCAGCUUCAAUUUUGCCAGAGAUGGAAGGAUUAUCAGAGUUUACAGAAUACCUGUCUGAAUCUGUAGAAAUGCCUUCACCUUUUGAUAUUUUAGAACCCCCAACCUCUGGAGGCUUCCUGAAGCUCUCUAAACCUUGUUGCUAUAUAUUUCCAGGGGGUAGGGGUGAUUCUGCCUUAUUUGCUGUAAAUGGCUUCAAUAUGCUUGUUAAUGGUGGAUCAGAGAGAAAGUCUUGUUUCUGGAAACUUAUCAGACAUCUAGACAGAGUAGAUUCAAUUCUACUUACUCACAUUGGUGAUGACAACCUGCCUGGUAUCAAUAGUAUGCUGCAAAGGAAAAUGGCAGAGCUGGAAGAAGAACAGUCUCAAGGUUCAACUACCAAUAGUGACUGGUUAAAAAACCUUAUAUCUCCAGAUCUUGGAGUAGUGUUUUUAAAUGUACCAGACAAUCUAAAAAAUCCAGAACCAAACUUUAAAGUAAGAAGAAGUUUGGAAGAAGCUUGUUUUACCCUUCAGUAUUUGAAUAAAUUGUCAAUGAAACCAGAACCUCUUUUCAGAAGUGUAGGAAACACAAUUGAUCCCGUUAUUUUAUUCCAAAAAAUGGGUGUGGGAAAACUUGAGAUGUAUGUGUUAAACCCUGUCAAAGGUAGCAAAGAAAUGCAAUAUUUUACGCAGCAGUGGUCAGGUAACAAUAAAGAGAAAACUGGUUUGAUUCUCCCUAAUGGACAAGAAGUUGAAAUACCUGUUAAUAAUUUAACCUCCAUUUCAUCUUUGAUUGUAUGGCAUCCAGCAAAUCCUUCAGAAAAAAUUGUAAGGGUUCUGUUUCCAGGGAACACAACUCAAUACCAAAUACUUGAAGGUCUAGAAAAACUUAAGCAUCUAGAUUUUCUGAAGCAGCCUGUUAUAACUCAGAAAGAUUUAAGUGAUAAUGUGUCAAGUCCUGCAGUAAAACAAGCAAAGAUUAAACAGAGAGCGGAAAGCAAAGAGAGUUUAAAAAUGUCCACAAAAACUCCUUCCAGUAAGCCAGUUAGAAAGGAAUCUAAAGAAGAGUCAGUGGAAGCAGUUAAGAGUAACCAUGCUGAGCAGAGCCAAAAAACAGAGAGUAAAGAUAAAAUUCCAGUGAAGAAAAGUGAGACUAAAGCUUUGCCAGAAGCAAACAAAGAGCCCAUAAUUAAACAAGAACAUGUAGAAAAACAAAAAGCCGAUGUUAAACCUAAAGUUGUUAAAGAAAAAGCAGUGAAGAAAGAAGUAAAGUCUAAAUCUGAAGAUGUUAAAGAUGAUAAAGGCAAGAAAGACCCAGUUAAAAAGGAAGAAAAGCCUGUUGUCAAAAAAGAAGACAAGCCGAAAAAAGAAGUGAAAAAAGAAUCAAAGAGAGAGGAGAAAAAAGACUUGAAGAAAGAAGUAAAGAAGGAGACACCUCAAAAAGAAGUAAAGAAGGAAUCAAAAAAAGAAGAGAAAAAGGAAGAGUCCAAGAAAGAAGUUAAGAAGCCCUUGAAAGAGACAAAGAAAGUACCUGCUCCUUCUGCUGAUAGUAAGAAGACUGCAGUGAAAAAAGUACAAAAGAAGGAUGAUGUGACAAAGAAAGAAACUGCAACUCCAGGAAAAACAAAGGACAAGGCAAAAGUAAUUAAGAAAGAAACUAAGGUCUCUGAGAAAAAAACAGUGUCUGUUUCUGGAGCAGUUGCCACUGCAGCAACUGUAUCUGUCGCUGCUGCUGCUGCAGCAGCUGCCAUUCCUUCCUCAGUGGAAACCACUAAGAAUGCAACAGACCUUAUUGCUGAAAGAUCCUUGAUGUCUUCACCAGAAGAUUUAACAAAAGACUUUGACGAACUGCGAGAUGAAGAAAGUGUAUUGAAAACAGAGUUGAAAUCUCAGCUGCAGGAACGUAAUGAUGAAGCUGAUAUUGUACAUAUUGAGUCCUAUGCAAUAAAGAAAGACCACACUAGCAGUGAGGAACCUGCUGAUUCUCCAGAUGAAGGUAUUACUACUACAGAAGGAGAGGGGGAGUGUGAACAGACCCCAGAAGAACUUGAGGUGGUAGAAAAACAUAGAACAGAUGAAAAUGAAAAGUUUGAGGAUGAAGGAACUGGUCUUGAGGAGUCAGAGGCAGGUGACUUUGAAGAAAAAGCAGAAACAGAAGAAGUUGAGGAACAAGUGGAAGAUUUGGUGGAAAGGACAUCACUAGAAGACCAACCAGCUACUGCUGAAGAAGAUGGAACUGAAGAAGAACUUGACACUGAUGCCUAUGAGAGCAGAAAAGAGAAACAUGACAGCCAAGAAGACAUUGCUAAUAUUGAGGCUGCAGAUGAACAAGCUGAGGAGGAUAUUGAUGAAAGUGUGGAAAAAGGAGAAGCUGAUGAGACUGAAGAGGAAGGGGAUGAGGAUAAAACAGAUGAUGCCAAGGAUGAACAAGAAACAGAGAAGUAUGAUGCAGAGGGGGAUUACACUACAGCUGUCAAUGAGAAAUCUGGGUUCAUAAGUGACAGUGACGAUAAAUAUGUAUUGUCUGCUACACCAUCCAAGACAUCUGAACCUCAGUCACCCACUGUAGAGCCAGGUGCUUCAAUUCAUUAUGAAACUUUGCCAGGUGGUUCUGAAAGUGAGGCAACUGUUUCUGAUGAAGAAAAUAGAGAAGAUCAACCAGAGGAAUUUACUGCUACUUCAGGCUUUACUCAUUCUAUGAUUGAAAUAUCCAGUGAGCCCACUCCAAUGGAUGAUAUGUCUACUCCUAGAGAUGUGAUGAGUGAUGAAAUCAAUAAUGAGGAAAGUGAAUCUCCUUCUCAAGAAUAUGUGAACAUUACUAAGUAUGAAGCUAACCUCUGUUCCCAGGAAUAUGACAGAAUUAGAAUUUCACCUCUUCCUGAUGCUUUAAAUGGCUUAUCUGAUGUCUCAAAAACAGAUGCAACAGAAGGUCUAGAAUACAGUGCUUCAGCAUCUACACUCUCACCUCCAUCGUCAUUAGAGGAAGACAAAUUCUGCAAAUCAUCCCUGCGUGAAGCAUACAAUUAUGGGGGCAUUGGAAUAACAGGGUCUACAAAACUAGAAAUAAAUGAGGACUUUGAGCUGGAUAUACAUAGCCCCAGUAAAAGUCCAGUUCCACCUUCGCCAAUAUCUAAAACCCCAUUAAGUGAACGUAAUGUUAAUUUUGACUUGACACCUAAUGAAAUCAAAGCAUCUGAACUUGGUGUUCUCCCACCUUUGCCAGAUGAAACUCAUGAGGUAAAUGAGCAAUGUGCCAGCCCUGAAGAUAAAACUUUGGAAGUUACAUCUCCAUCACAAUCUGCGGCCGGAAGUGCUGGCCAUACACCAUAUCAUCAGUCCCCAAUCGAUGAGAAGUCCACAAAUCUUGCUCAAGGAACAGUACAAAGGACCUCAGUUCCUGUAGUAUUUGAGAUCUGUGAUACAAAAGAAAAUAAUGAUAGUCCUCGCAUAAGUCCAAUGGAUGAGCCAGUACCAGACUCUGAAUCCCCAAUAGAGAAAGUUUUAUCACCAUUACGUAGCCCUCCAUUAAUAGGAUCAGAAACUUCUUAUGAAAUGUUAUUUACAGCUAAUGUAAAGACAUCUUCUAGUCGUGACUUUGAAACAGUUGCUGAUAUUGAAAAAUCACCUACUAGGGUUAGUCCAGUAUCUGAAAUGUUAACAAGUGGUAUCAACCAAGAGCAGAAGGAAAAGAGUCCUGAGCUCUCACCAAGUAAAGACUUCAAUUCUGACGCAGCAACUAAUGAUUUUGAUCAAAAAAGUAUUUCAUCUGGAAUGCUUGAUGGUGGGAAGUUUGCAGGUGAUUUUUCGCCCACUCAAAUUAGCACUAAUCCAUUUAUUUCAUUUAAAGAGGAUACAAAGAUGUCCAUUUCUGAGGGUACAGCUUCUGACAAAUCAGCUACACCAGUAGAUGAAGUUGUUGCUGAGGAUACAUAUUCCCAUAUAGAAGGUGUUGCUUCAGUUUCCACUGCAUCUGUUGCUACUAAUUCUUUCCAAGAACCAACCACAGAUGAUGUAUCUCCUUCUCUGCAUGCUGAAGUGGGGUCACCUCAUUCCACAGAAGUAGAUGACUCGCUUUCUGUAUCUGUUGUUCAAACUCCAACUACAUUCCAUGAAACUGAAAUAUCACCAUCUAGAGAGGAGUGCCCCAGACCAAUGUCUAUUUCUCCACCAGAUUUCUCCCCCAAAAGAGGAAAACUUUCCAUUCAAUUGCAUGAACAGAGGUCACCAGAACAGUCCACAAUGGAGUUUAGUCAAGAAUCACCAGAACAAUCUUUUGCAAUGGAUUUCAGCAAGCAGUCUCCAGAACAUCCUGCAGUAAGUUCAAGUAUGCUACAUAUUUCUGAAAAUGGACCUACAGAAGUGGAAUAUAGCCCAUCUGAGUCUCAUGAAUCUUACUUUGGCAAAAAUAUCUCCACUGAUAAUGUAUGCUGUGCUGCCAAUACAGAUGAUCUGCAGAAAGCAGAAAAAUCGAAUGUAGAGGCUUCUCCUUCUACUUCUUCUGCACAUACACCUUCACAAGUUUCGUCCCCUUUGAAAGAAGAGGAAGGGUCACUAACAGAUGUGAUACAAAAUACAGAUAUGCCUUUCUACUCCCCACCUAUUCUAGAACAUAUGUACUUCAUGGAAGGAAAAUUAUCCCCUGAAACAGAUGCUUCUCCAUUAACGCCAACACCAUCUUCACUGAAGCAAUCACCUGGUAUUUCCAAUGCUUCACUGGGAAUGGAACCUUCAAGAAAUCACCAGUCACCAUCACCACCCUUAAAAGUUUUGCCUGAUGAUUCAUUUACCUUUCACAGCAGAACACCAGAUUCACUGAAAGAGUCCCCUAUUUUGCAUAGUACAAACCCAUUUGUCUGUGCAGCAGACCUAGAUGAAAGGGAAAAAUACCAUAGUGUAUGUGAUUCCUACAACUAUACAGGUGAAAUUAAUGAUAGAUAUUCUGUAACAGACAAGCAUUCUUUUGCAGAAGCCCGUCAAGAUGUUGACCUCUGCCUUGUCUCUGCUUGUGAAUAUAAGCACCCUAAAACAGAACUGUCCCCUUCUUUUAUCAACCCAAAUCCCUUAGAGUGGUUUGCAAGUGAAGAUCAUUCUCAAGAACAGGAAAAGCCAUUAGCUCAACUUGGAGGUGGACAGCCACCAUCAGGUGGAAAACAGAAAUCACGCCAAUGUGAUGAAACUCCACCAACCUCAGUGAGUGAAUCUGCCCCAUCUCAAACAGAUUCUGAUGUCCCACCAGAGACUGAAGAAUGCCCUUCUAUAACAGCAGAUGCAAAUAUAGACUCAGAAGAUGAAUCAGAGACCAUUCCCACUGAUAGAACAGUAACAUAUAAACACAUGGAUCCUCCUCCCCUUCCAGUGCAGGAUCCAAGCCCAUCUUCACGUCACCCUGAUGUAUGUAUGAUGGAUCCAGAAGCUUUGACAGUUGAACAAAAUAUGGGUAAGCCACUGAAGAAGGACAUAAAAGAAAAGGCAAAAGCCAAAAAAGUAGGAACCAAGACCAAAUCAUCAUCCCCUGCCAGAAAAAGUGAAAUGAAAUCAAAGCUUUCGGCUGCAUCACCAAAACCGGGACCGAUUAAGGAAACAUUGGAGAAGGGUUCAAAGACUGUUUCUCCAAAAAAGAAAGAUUCUGUUGAGAAAGCACCAAAGGGAAGCUUGAAACAAGAUAUAAAAUCCUCAAAGACUGAAGACAAAGAUAAAGAGACAAAGAAUGCUACAAAUACAUCGGCAACAAAAUCUGUCAAAACUGCAAACACAGGAAGUGGAACCAGUAAGGCAUCUAAGUCAGCAGCCGUGCCCCCAGGACCACCUGUAUAUCUGGAUCUGGUGUAUGUACCAAAUCACAGCAACAACAAAAACGUAGAUGUGGAGUUUUUCAAAAGAGUUCGAUCUUCUUAUUACGUGGUAAGCGGCAACGAUCCCGCAGCUGGAGAACCAAGCAGGGCAGUGCUGGAUUCUCUACUCCAAGGCAAAGCCCAGUGGGGAAACAAUAUGCAGGUCACAUUAAUCCCUACUCAUGAUUCCGAAGUGAUGAGGGAAUGGUAUCAGGAGACUCAUGAAAAACAACAAGACCUCAACAUUAUGGUUUUGGCAAGCAGCAGCACGGUUGUUAUGCAAGAUGAAUCUUUCCCCGCAUGUAAGAUCGAACUGUGAAUAGCCCACCAGACUCUUCAUCGCAUUACCCAACUGAUUUCCACAAACCUCACCUAGAGAUUACAAAUGUUUUAUUAAUCUGCAGAACUAUAUUUAUGCCCAGCGCUAUCCAUGCUGACACGGAUGACUGUAAUAUCUCCACUCAUCUCUAUGGCAAAUUGCAAUGCUUCCUACACAGGGUUCAAAUCACUGCAAGGUCACUUAUCCAGGUAUAAAAUACAGGUCUGUAAAAAUGCUCUUGCACAUUAUUUUUUCUUUAAGCCCAAAAUAAGAGCUUCCUUCAGGACAGAAAGUAAAUGAGAAAGAAGAAGAGGAGAGAAGGCUUAAACACAGGACUUGGGGGUCAACACUAAUACAAGUAAAAUAUCAUUUCUCUUUUGAUACCCAUAAGAGUUGUCUAUGCUGCAGUUUGAUGGGUGAAAUCGUGGCAGUGUUUUGGUUUCUCAUGCAUGACAGCCUUUGUCCAAAAAGCCUUUCUGUUGCCUAAUUUGUUGUAAAGAUCUAACGUAACUGUCCCAAACUUGGCUUAAUGAAGAACCUCACUUUUAGAUUGACCAUAAACUGUAACACUAACGUUGCAUGCAAUUGUAAACAACCAAUCCCUGAAGACAAAUCCAGAUGCAUACGGCCUUGUACUCAUUUAGCCAGUUCCAAAAAAAACCACUCAAAUCUCUCGUUCGGCACCUUCGAUCUUGCAGUGUGUACACAAAAGCGAAAAACCAAAGCAUUCAGAAGUACAUGCGUUGAACAAUUUGCCUUAGAAAGUGACUUGAAUGUAUAAAGAUACUCGAUGCACUUAUUUUUAAAUGUUUGACGGCAAUUGUAUAAAACAACUGCAGUGUGGGAGAUUGUAGCUGGGGAAGUGUGUGUGUGUGCUUGGGAGAUCGGACAGGUUUAUCUGAUGGGGAAACACCAGGUUAGAGAGUUAAUGGAGGUUGUGCCAAGACUUGAGCGGCAAUGGUUUUUAUUGAGGGUAUAUUAAUCUUCCUCUUAAGUGAUUUGUUGGUUUUACAAGAUGUAGGAACAAAUGUACAGUUCUUUUUUAAUCAAUGUAGGUACUUUUAUGUAAGUUUUUGGGUUUCAAGCAAAUACCUUUUUUUAUUCGCUAUGUUUCAGCCACUCUGUGAUUGUUGAUGAAUGUCUCUUGCUGGACAUCACAUUGGCCAUAAAGAAUAGGAAAGCAAGUGCUUAUGUUUUCUAAGAGCUCGUAGGGGAGUAAAUACCAAUUAGAACACUGGCCAUAAUGAUUUCAAGCUAAAUGAAUUUGGUGAAUCUAUGGUCGCACUUUCCUGGACACCAACCAGGCCCAUAACACAGAGACAGAAGCAAGAGUGCUCCUGGUGGUGAUCCAGGUAAAUAAAUUGGGCCCUUAAAUGUCUAGUUAAGCCACUGAUACAAAAACACUGCACGGUACCAGAAUGGAUGGCUGGACGAUACGGAAGUGAUGUAGAAUCUGAGUAAUAAAAAUUACUGGGAAAGUAUAACAGUAAAUAUAAUGCCAAUAUAAAGUGCAUGGGGUUUAGAGCCUACAAUUUGUGUAUUUUUUUUAAUCAAUGCAUUUUAUUUAUUUCUGACGUUUACACGACUUUAAAUAUAAUUUUUUUUGUUGCACUGAAUGUCAAUGACGUCAGGUAUUUUUAUUUUUUUUUUGGACUGGUUUGGUCCAUUUAAUGCUGUGAAUUAUGACACUUUUUAAUAAUUUAUGUGAUCCACAUAAACCAUUUUAUGUAUAAGCAUAUUUAUUGCUUUGCUAUUUAUGUAAUGUUGCAAGCAUUAUGUUGGCUCCAAAGGGCAAUACCCGGUGUGUUCAUGUGGCAGUGCUUAAUUACCAUUUGGCACAUUUUUAUUAGUUCUGAUCCCCAUUUGGGCUGCAGAAAAGCAAUUCUGUGCCUUGUUGUGUCUGUGCCAGUCCCAAACUGGAAUAAAUCACAUGCAAAUACACUGUGGGAGUGGCUAAAAAAAGCAUGUGCCCUGCCAAGCUUAGUUUAUUUUUUACGUUUGUUCUUAUUCUGUGUUUUAUUUGUUUUUAUUGUAUUUGUAUAUGUGGCAUCUAUUUGUAGACACUAAUCCCUAUAAUACUCUUCCUACAGCAUUGUGGGUAUAUAAUGAUGUUGCUGCUAUAUCCAGAACGCUGUUUUCGCCUCCCCUGCCCUUUACCAAUUGUGUUUUGUGAACAAAAUUCAUUAUUGGUUUAAGUCACUACAGGAAAUAUUAAAGGGGAAAUAUCCAACUGAUAAAAAGGUUUUGUCUUCCCUUGAAUAGACUGUAAAGCAAAUAUUUUGUUGUGUGCACGUAACAAUCCUUCUCUGCCUAUUUGAUUUUCUAUACACACUGCAGCUGCCAUCUUGGUUACCAUGAGGUUUACAAGGCAACCUGGAUGGCAUGUUUAACAGAGAGGAGAUAUUUAUUGCUCGCAGUAAAUUAAACUCUUGCAUGUUAUGGUCUAUUUAUAGGAAAUAAUGCAUAUUUUUUUUUGCUUUGCCUAUUGAAUAAAACAAAGAGUUUUGCCCUCCAAACAAUAUAAUGUAGGAGGAAGGUUUUACUGAAAGUGUUAGUACCCCGUCUAGCUUCCUCAACUUGACCAUAGAUCGGACCUGACUUGGGUAACCAUUGUCUCUUCAAAUGUUGGUAAGCUACAAGCCCCAGACUAUUGGGGUGCUGGAAGUUGUAAGUCAUCGUCUUCUGGGGGCCUAUGGGGUGCCCACCCCGUAUGAGGCCCUGACUAUAUAAAGUACUAUAUACAGAAAUACUUGGACAUUUCAUUGGGAAAUGAGAAGUGAUUGUCUUAGCUCUGCUUGAUAAAUCAAUGCCAUGAGGGCUAAUUUAAUAACAAGUGCUCCAGUCUAAUAACCCAUAGCAACCAGUUGGAGGUUAACUUCCAAACAGCAGGCCAGUAAAUACUACUUUCUGAUUGGUUGCUAUGGUAUACUAGAACUGGUGGAAACUUGACAUGAUAUUAACUUGGAGGCGUGGGCAUGAUUAGGGAAGUGUUUUCUUGUUAUUUAGUGGGCUACAUGACAACGCAACUUGAACAAGAAAAGAUCAAUUAUUAUUUUGUUUUUACAACAUGUGCCAAGUCUCUGCAGACUUAGUGCAAGUGUAAAUAUAUAAAACAUUGACUGGGAAGCAUCGUUAGAUCAAAUACUAGAACACUCCUGCUGGAAUGAUUUGUCCGCUCCCAUUUAUUGAUUUUUUUAAGAAUACUGACGGUACUAAUAGAUGGUUGGGUUGCUGGACAUAAAUUCCAGAUAAAGAUAUAAAACUGUGCCCACAAUGGGAAUUUAUCAGCACAGCAGGAAUCCUUUAUGGAUGAAUGAAAAAUUGGCUCUGAUGUGAAUAAUACAUGAAAUAUAACAAUAGCUUCAUGUAAUCUAAUCAUUGUAUAUGGAUUGGCUGAUACUAUGGUCUGUAAGAGGUCUCAAGGUAUGGACAACUUAUUUCUCUCCAGCUAUUGGUUACGUCCAGAUCCCAACACCUUCUCAAGCUACUGUAAGUAUGAGAGGAGUUGUAGACCAUAUAUAAGUGAUAAAGGACUUCCUAUUGUAAAAUAUAAGGAUAUAGGAAUUACUAUGACGUUCCAAGACUCACAAGCUACAUCACUAAGCACUGUUAGUAAACACAUAUUGUACAGGUUAUUCAAGGCUCUUGUGUAUUAUAGAACAUUAUGAAGCUUCAUACAUUGUAUUCUAUAUACACACAAUCCCAGAGGUCCAGUGCAGUGGGUACAGGUUGGACCAAGAACUCAAAUUCGCAGGCCUUAAAACAUUGUCAUCUCCAAUGCCAAACCAUCCCAGACAGGUUAAUGGCCCAGCUAAUGGUGUGGUUGGAGAAACUUGGAUUUGACAUUCCAGAAUAAUUCAUUUGAUUUCCUUCAAUAGAAAAGAUCUUCUCAAGCCUUCUGUAGUGUAGAUGUGCUGAGCUCAGUAAUAAAAGAAACAACUAACAUUGUUGAGUUACAGUUCCCAGCACUACAAAUCUACCAGGUGAUAAUGGGACUUGUAGUUUAUCAGUAACUGGAGGACCAUAAGUUGGACAUCUGUGCUGAAUAGGUUUGAAUUUAUAAUCAAUAGACCUAUAAACAAAUGAUUUGUUGGUGGCCGUAUUCACCUCUUAUCACUUGAAAGGCUGUUGUUUUUUGUUUCUAUUUGAAAUACCAUCGGCUGCCUUAGGUACAUGCCAAUUAUAACAAACAUCCGGAUCUGUUGAGAAAGCAAAAGGAUCAGGCCUUGGAGAAGGAAAAUAAAUCAUGGAUUUCCUUCUUUUUUUUUUAAAUCCUACUAGCCAAGUAAAAUACGAAAAAGGAAAAAUGGAAUUAACUCAUUUCAAGGACUCUAUCAUACAUUUAUGUCAUGGUCUUUGGUCUCUGCUAUCUGGAUAAGACUUUGGACAGAAGGAAUUCACAAUACAAAGGAAGGAAAAAGGAAUUCUUAAAGCUUCUCUGCACUAAUAUAGCUUCAGGCUCACUGGAACCGCUAAGGAGCCACAAAUAACAUUCACUUCAGACUGGGCUGUGUUACUCAAGAAACCAAUAGCAGCUAAGAACUAUUGCUUUAACACUUAUGCAUGCAGCCGUCUGCCUUCCACUCGUUGGAGAAACCCAGUCUGGUGGCUGGCGGGGAAGCUCCUCACAUUCUUCUCUCGUUCUGAAUGGUGUUAGUGUCAGUCUGCAGCUGUGUAUGGUAUUAUGUCUUAUAAUCUCGCAUCACCUCUAUCCUAUCAAUUCAUAUCUAAUGUAGACCAUUAGUUUCCAGUGAAGUAAAUAUGUAGUGCUUUUAUGAUAUUUGUGUGCAAUACCCCACUUCCACUGAGGAUAUUUGAUGUAAAAGAAACAAACUCAAUUCCACAAUAAAAGAGAAACAAACGUAGAAAGA